CUUGGCAAGCAAACGACAAUGUAGUUUGCGCUCAUUCGCGAAUACCCUCAAAUCUAUCUCAGUUGGCUAACAAAAAAAGAAUAUUUUUAAAUUCGCAAAAAUCUGUAAAUUUCAUAGUGAAUUGAAUGGACGUACUUUUUAAUCAAAGAAUGUUAAAAUAUCAAAAAAAAAAUUUCAUAAAUAUAUAUAAUUUUCAAAGUUGAUGAAAGAAUGCAGACAUUGAGAUGGAUAUUUCUACUCUUGGGAAUUAUAGUACAAUUUACGGGAAGUAUUUCUGAAGAUGAACUUGAGAAAAAAGAAUGGUGGGAAACUGCUUUAGUUUAUCAAAUAUGGCCGCGAGCUUAUCAAGACAGUAAUGGCGAUGGCGAGGGUGAUUUACAAGGAAUAAUCAAUCGUCUAGACUAUAUAAAAGAUUUAGGAGUCGAUGCAAUUUGGCUGAAUCCCAUUUAUGAGUCUCCUUGGAUUGACUCAGGCUACGAUAUUACGGAUCAUUAUAAAAUUCAUCCCACAUUUGGAGAUGAAGAUGAUAUAAAUUUGUUAAUAGAAGAAGCACACGAAAGAGAUUUGAAAAUAAUUUUAGACAUAGUACCAAAUCAUUCCAGCAUAGAGCAUUGGUGGUUUAAUUUUUCUCGCGCUGAAAUUGAACCAUACGAUGAUUUUUACAUUUGGGCUAAUGGAACAAUUGAUGAUUCCGGCGAAAGAAUUGAACCCAACAAUUGGAUCAGUGUCUACGAUAAAGAAAGAAAUGGAUCAGCUUGGACGUGGGAUUCAAUCAGGGAACAAUGGUAUUAUCAUAAAUUUCAUCAUCUCGAACCAGAUUUAAAUCUUCGUAACGAAGAUGUAGUCGAAAAAAUUCUGGAAGUACUAGAUUUUUGGUUAGAAAAAGGAGUUGAUGGCUUUUUCUUUUCAUCUGUAUCUUCUUAUUUUGAAGAUGAAGAUCUAAAUGACGAAGAUGAUGAUGAUGAUGAAAAUGAAAAUAUUGGAACUGAAGAUAACAAUGACAAAGCAGAUAAGGAUAAAAACGACAAUGAUGCAGAUGAUGACAAUAAUGAUCAUAACAAAAAUGAUACAGAUGAUGCAAAUGAUACAGAUAAUACAGAUAAUACAGAUAAUAAUGAUGAUAAUGAUGAUAAUGAUAAUGACGAUAAUGAUAACAAUAUCGAUAGUGAAAGCAGAUCCAUGGAACUUAAAAUAGCAACCUUAGAACUUCUGUACAGAUUUUGGAAACAUGUGGACAAUUGGACAGAAGAAAAUAAUUCUACUUCAAAAUUAUUAAUUGCAAGCACUGGCGAGGAGAAUAACAAUUUAAUAAGUUAUUACGGUCAUGAAACAGAAACUGGUAUUGUGAUCUAUAAUAAUCGUCUAAUUAGAGCAAUAAACAGCAGCAGUGAUGCCGAUGACAUUAAAGCAACAAUUGACGAUUGGAUGGAUCUUCUGCCCGAUAAUGCAACUACCAAUUGGGUGCUAACAAAUCAUGAUCAUUCGAGAACACCAAGUAGAAUUGGUUUAGAAGAAAUGGAUGGACUUGUAAUUUUAAGUUUACUUUUACCUGGUCAAGCAAUUACAUAUUAUGGUGAGGAAAUAUCAAUGACUGAUACACAAUUAUCGUGGAAUGAGACAAUUGAUUCGAUGGCGUGUGAAAAUUCAGAAGAAGAUUUUGAAAAUAAUUCACGUGAUCCAGCAAGAACGCCAAUGCAAUGGAAUUCAAGUUUUGCUGCUGGAUUUUCAACAAAUGAAGAAACUUUUUUACCAAUAAAUCCUCAAUUUGAUGAGAUAAAUGUUCAAAAUCAAUUAAAUGAGCCAUUUAGUAGUAUUAGUAUUUAUAAAAAAGUUGCUUUACUAAGAAAAGAAAGUCCUGUUUUUACACAUGGCGAUUACGAAUUAGAGAGUGUCAACGAGAAAAGGAUUUUAAUUCUCAAGAGAUUUUUAGAAAAUUAUCCAACAUUUAUAAUUGUUAUCAAUUUGGAAUCAUUUAAUGAAACAAUUGACUUGUCAAUACUUUAUCCAGAAUUGGAGGAUACUUUCGAGGUAGUCAUUUCAACUGAUCCUGACAACGAUAUGGCGGAAAUUGAAAGUCAAUUUGUCCUCUCGGGAAAUGAGGCGAUAGUCUUAAAGGGAAGAGAUGAAACUAAUGAAUCCACGACAUCUGUAUUCGACGAAGAAGCUUCUAACGAGGAAAAUAAAUCCCAAGAAGAAAUAAAGGAAAAUAAUUAUAAAAUUGAAACAGGCGGAGGAGCAACUAUUACUUUCCAAAAACAAUUUAUAAUUUAUUGGAUGUUCUUUUUGAUUUUUUGCAUCAUCUUUUAAUUGAUAUUGUAAACAAAUAAUUAUUAUAAUUUUUCUUUAUUUUUCUUUUCGAAAAUUUUUUAAAUACAAUUCAUUGAAUUUACAA